AUGGAUACCGAUGUAUACAACGACAUUCUCCAAGCCAUGGAAAGUGCGUAUGACGAACUUCCCAAUAAUUAUGAGAGGUUCCAAAGACAAUUGCAUGGUGUAGUUCGUGGUGGUAGUCUAGAUCCUCAUCAGCAAGUACAAUUGAACGACCAGCGAGUUAUUUGGCGUGAUGUUGAAAGUGCGUUUGCCAGUAGAAUUCGUACUGGUAUGGUUGUGAAUCUGCUUCACAUUGAUCUCAAAGCCUUUCUUCUUGAAGCUAAAGAAUUAAUUAUUGAGCAAAUAAAUAAUGCUCUGCAGACAAACGGUAGUAUCAAAGCCAACGUCAUUUUAACUUGCACUGUUAAUUUUGGAAAACAGCUGCUGAAGAACAAGUUUAAGAAAACCUUAGAUGAUGAUGAUGAUGAUGAUACAAUUCACCUUCUUAUGGUAGAAGUUCAGUCAGAUGAUACAAAAAUGAAUAUUGAUGAUGAUAAUUUCGAGAAUAGAGUCAAUAACUUUGAACGUAAAUUUCAUUUUGCAACAAUUCAAGAUCUCUCGCGAUUGUUAAGUAGUCAAAUCUCACAACACAACGGCCGAAAGUUCUUUUGCGAUCGAUGCUUGUGCCAUUUCCAAGAUGCAAUUGUAUUUAAUAAACAUCGUCGGGAUUGUAUUCAAAUUAAUAAAGUUAAAAUUGAGCUUGCAAUUGAUGAGAAAGUUAGUUUCAAAAAUUUUAAAUAUCAGGAAGAUGUACCGUUUGUCGUUUAUGCCGAUAUCGAGUGUCUAAUUGUUCCAAAAAUUGAUGAAUCUGAAGAGCAUGUCCCGCAUAGUGUAGCUUUUUAUGUUCAUUGUUCAUAUGAUGAUAGUUUAUCUAGAUUUGAAUGUAAUCGUAGAGAAAAAUGUAUUGAGUGGUUCAUGGAUCAAUUAAAGUCUUUAGCUAUUUCA